UCUAUUAGCCAAGAAAAACUUUGCAACUUUCCUUCGCUGUCGGAGAGGAGCCACUGCCGUUGCUGCGUUUCAUUUUGUUUUUUUAAUUCGAGGUCACGUGUGCUUUGACAGUGUCUUUGAUUCCAAGCGAUGGUCUCGUCUCCAGCUUAGGAAGAGCUUUUGAGCUCUUCCCUCUGUUGUUUUCUCUCUGUUCAGGAACAAAGAGAUUUUUUCUGCCUUUAAUUAAAAGGAAUAUUAAUUCCCUGCUCCUUUGUCGAGCGACUUGAAGACACUCUGCAAACAUCCGUCUGCUCGGCGCCGCGGUGGGCUGAGCUGUGCUGUGGCACAGGGCAUGGAGAAAUGGGGGAACCAUCCCGAAAUCCCUCGGCAAACACGGAGCGGCAGCCGGGGAGGAUGCUGACAGCCGCGGUGCUCGGAUAACGCGGAGACUCCGGCCGCCACCAUGCCCGACUCGCCGGCCGAUGUGAAGACUCAGGCCCGCUCCACGCCGCCCAGCAUGCCCCCGCCGCCGGCCGCCACGCAGGGAGCCACACGCCACCCCUCCUUCACACCCAGCACCAAUCGAGACGCUGGCCCUCCGACGUUUCUGCCUCGCGGCCGUUUUCAUGGUUGCUUGAAAUGGUCGAUGGUCUGUCUUUUGAUGAACGGGAGCAGCCACUCACCGACCGCCAUCAAUGGGGCUCCAUCCACCCCCAACGGGUUCAGCAACGGCCCGGCCACCUCCUCCAGCGCCUCCCUGUCCACCCACCAGCUCCCUCCGGCCUGCGGCGCCCGCCAGCUCUCCAAGCUCAAGCGCUUCCUCACCACCCUGCAGCAGUUCGGGAACGACAUCUCCCCUGAGAUCGGGGAGCGGGUGCGCACCCUCGUCCUGGGGCUCGUGAACUCCACCCUCACCAUUGAGGAGUUUCACGCCAAGCUCCAAGAGGCCACCAACUUCCCGCUGCGACCCUUCGUCAUCCCCUUCCUCAAGGCCAACCUGCCGCUGCUGCAGCGGGAGCUGCUGCACUGCGCCCGCAUGGCCAAGCAGACCCCGGCCCAGUACCUGGCCCAGCACGAGCAGCUGCUGCUGGACGCCAACGCCUCCUCUCCCAUCGACUCCUCCGAGCUGCUCCUGGAGGUGGGCGAGAGCGGCAAGAGGAGGACGCCAGACAGGACCAAAGAGAACGGUUUGGACCGAGACCCCCUGCACCCCGAGCACCUCAGCAAGCGGCCGUGCACCAUGAGCCCAGCGCAGCGCUACAGCCCCAGCAACGGGCUGAGCCACCCCCCGAACGGGCUGGGGCACCCCCCGGCCGGGCCCCCCCUGCCCCAGCACUACCGCCUGGAGGACAUGGCCAUGGCACACCACUACCGGGACACCUACCGGCACCCCGACCCCCGGGAGCUCCGUGAGCGCCAGCGGCCCGCCGCCGUGCACGGGACGCGGCAGGAGGAGGUGAUCGACCACCGGCUCACGGACAGGGAAUGGGCGGAGGAGUGGAAACACCUCAACAACCUGCUCAACUGCAUCAUGGACAUGGUGGAGAAGACGCGGCGGUCGCUGACGGUGCUGCGGCGGUGCCAGGAGGCCGAUCGCGAGGAGCUCAACCACUGGAUCCGGCGCUACAGCGACGCCGAGGACAUGAAGAAAGGCAGCCCCCCCUCCGCACGCCCCCACAACUCCUCUUCCGCCGCCGCCGAGGCUCCCCAGUUAGACGCUCACCGGGACUUCGCGCCGCGCCCGCUCUCCGGGUACAUGCCCGAGGAGAUCUGGAGGAAGGCUGAAGAAGCCGUGAACGAGGUGAAGCGCCAGGCCAUGUCCGAGCUGCAGAAGGCCGUGUCGGACGCCGAGCGGAAAGCCCACGAGCUGAUCACGACGGAGCGCGCCAAGAUGGAGCGGGCCUUGGCCGAGGCCAAACGCCAGGCGUCCGAGGAUGCCCUCACCGUCAUCAAUCAGCAGGAGGACUCGAGCGAGAGCUGCUGGAACUGCGGGCGGAAAGCGAGCGAGACGUGCAGCGGCUGCAACACCGCGCGCUACUGCGGCUCCUUCUGCCAGCACAAGGAUUGGGAGAAGCACCACCACGUCUGCGGGCAGACUCUGCAGGGGCUGCCGGGCCCCGCUGCCCCCGGGCCGGGCCAGCCCGAUGGGGUGCCCGCCAUGGCCAGCAGCCCCAGCGAGGCGGGCUCGGUGGCCGCGUCCCGCGCCGGCACUCCGGCCACGCCGGCGCCGCUGGACAGCGCGUCCCGCUGACCGCCCGCGGGCUGCCCGAGCCACGGACUGCACCCGGUGCAAUUUCCUCAGCUACCUGACUCGUGUGACCUCCGAAACGACCUCUCUAGCUCUCACAACUAAUCCUCACGGAUCCUCAAACUGGGCUUUAAGUGGAGUUAAGGCAAAUACCGGUCUCUGUUCUUUCUUCAGUCUUUGUUUUGGCUUUUUUUUCGGUUG